UCUGGAAAGCGGAAGAAGAGACAAAAACAACAACAGCAGUAGCAGCAUUCCGGCUCGGCGACGAGAAGGAAGAACGAGUAUUUUAAUAACUACCCGUGCGGUAUCAGAAGCUCAGGGGGCUUUGUCUACGGUUAUCACGCCAGUUUAAGUUUACAUUUAAUCAAAAAUGUCGUUAUUUGGAAAGUUAUUCGGCACCGGGAGUAAGGGUGGGAAAUCGCCGACACCCCAGGAGGCUGUUCAGCGACUCAGAGAGACCGAGGAGAUGUUGGCCAAAAAACAGGAUUUUCUAGAAAAGAAAAUUGAACAGGAGCUCAUAACGGCGAAGAAAAACGGCACGAAAAACAAACGAGCGGCUCUACAGGCCUUGAAGAGGAAAAAGCGUUAUGAGAAGCAGCUGGCUCAGAUUGAUGGGACUUUGUCUACGAUUGAGUUCCAGAGGGAGGCUUUGGAGAACGCCAACACUAACACCGAAGUGCUCAAGAACAUGGGCUUUGCAGCUAAAGCAAUGAAAGCAGCACAUGAAAACAUGGACAUAGACAAGGUCGACGAUCUGAUGGCAGAAAUCACAGAACAGCAGGAAGUUGCCCAAGAAAUCUCAGAUGUGAUCUCCAGACCAGUUGGCUUUGGGGAAGAUUAUGAUGAGGAUGAGCUCAUGGCUGAGCUGGAGGAGCUGGAACAGGAAGAGCUGGACAAGAAUCUUCUGGAGGUCGGAGGAACGGAAGAUGUCAGUCUACCCAGUGUACCAUCUACAUCACUUCCAGCUAAACCAGGCAAAAAGAAGGCGGAAGAAGACGAGGACGACAUGGCAGACCUCGAGGCCUGGGCGGCUAACUGAGCUAGCUUGCCCUGCUGGCUAGCCAGUGGCCUUCUCCUGUGUUCCCUCUGCUACCACACUGAUCCCAGGCAUCUGGAAGAGACACAGGGACUCCGGGCUGCUGAGCUGCCUGCUGGCAUGCUGCUCUGUCUUAAAGCCUACAUCCCAGUAGCUAACCAUACCCCAACUUUGAAGUAUGCACUUGUGCACGUUUUCUGACUUCAAAAGAAAUGAACCCGGGCUUUUUUCUUCAGAUUAAUGUUAUAGAAUGAAUCUCUUUGCUCCAGCUCUGCACUCUCCUAUUUCUAAAGGGCAUAGUGAACAAUGUCUUGCCUAGCAGCCUGUGGUUAUGUAUCAAAGUUCACGUUUGAGCACUUGGGUGCAUACUUUUUGGGAGGGUGUGUGGAGUAACAGGACGAGGCUUGUUUCUAAAAGGAAUGUGAAGAAUCAACACGUUUGUGGGGAAAAAAAAAAAAAAGACAACAUGACUCUGCCAUUUUUCUGCUUCCUGUGUUGUCAUCUCUCUGCUCUUCUACAAAGAUGACAGCAAGCCAUGGCUGCUGAACACCAACAGCAGCACACAAAAAUAAUAUUAAAAGGUGUAGGACUUUCUCAUUGAAAUGCCACUGUCAAAUUUCAGAAUGACAGCAGAAUACUCUACCAAGCAGAAUACUCUACCAGGCAUGACUGUAACCUGCUGCCGCUUCACUGCUGGUGCUACACUGCGUUUGUUCCUCUGAGCAUGCUUACGUCUGUUUCUGCCGCUCAUAUUUCACUUCAUUACCUUCCAUCUCUUUUUGUGUUUCUAACAUCCUGGACUAAAGAGGCCAUCUCAUCUCCUUCCUCACACACUCACACUCUCGUUCACAGUCUCUGUCUGAUGUUGCUGCUUGUGUUGAAGGAAAGCACUUUUUCAUAACACUAUGGAGUUCAUGGUUCUUGACAUUGGUUCAUGUUUCACAGAAAAUAAUGGGGGGGAAAUUCUUGAAACCAUAUAUCAUUUUGUGUAGGGUGGUUAUGAUUUGGAUUUUAUUAUCCCCUUAAAUCAUCUUGUGGCCUUCUCCUUGGACUCCUUUGGGAAGUGAGGAGCUACUGUCUUUAAUUCUUUUUUGACAAAGAAAAAAAAUGGAUGGCAGUUACUUGUAAACCAGAUCAGUGAGCCCUGCAGCAACAAGCUCAGACCUGCCAAACUGCAGGUGGAUUCAUUCAGUUCUCAGAAGCUCUCCUUACUCUUAGGAAUUAGUAUCUCCUUCUUUGCCUGAGAGUGACGUUGUUACGUCUCCACAAAGUGCAGGCUGUUGAGAUACCACCAGUGCUAUAACUGGACUUUGAUGCAUUAUAUUAAUGACCAAUAUUCAGGAUACCAAAGCCUCUGCUGCUUCUUCUUGAGCAAAACUUCAUGGGUUCUUCAACUUUAAUUAUGUAUUUAGAAGCACAUUACUAAACUGCUUGUUCCAUACUACUAUGGUGUUUAUGAAUUCAAAUUAGGAAGGAAAAACUACACUUACCUUCAGUGGUAUGUAGCCUGCAGCUUAUCUGUAGCUCCACCCCAGCAGUGGGGAUUAAUGAAACUGAACAGCAAAGUUUUAAUGCUUUGGUGAAACCAGUUUUUGUUACUCUGGAUUAUUCACAGAACAGCCUUGUCACAGACUUUGCAGGUACACUGGGUUGUAUUUGAGUGAACUGAUCCUUUAACAAUAUAGCAUUAGGAAGCUGGCUGAUAUGGUCCAAUUACAUGAGACUGAUUUUUUUUUAAUUUUUUUUAUUUUUCUCCCCCCAAAAGUCUAAAAAGCACCCAUAGAGCUACACUGACUUUACAACCAUUGAUACAGUCAGCUGGUUACUCCAGUAAAGCUGCCAGAGGGUGCACUACCACACCUCAGACCUGUUUGUGCCUGACACCUCCAGCAUCUUUGCUCUCUGUGGUUUAAUAGUGAAAAACUCUGAGAAAGUCCUACGCUGGUUGAAUUUAAAGCUGAUGUGUGAGUGUGUGAUGUUUUUUUUUUUUUUUUGAGACUUUUGACACAGUGACCUCUUGUUUAGUCAAAUUGAGAUGGUGAGGUGGACCCCCCCAUUUGAACUCUCCUGCAGUACAAGUUGAUUUUAAGCAUUGAAUGACGGGCGUGGGGCACGUUUGUUCCAUGUUGGUCGCCUUGUUUUAAAAACAUGACAAAAGCAAGUUCUGCUCACCGGCCCUCUACUUCCAGCUGCAGCUACAUCUCCUGUUUUCUCUUAGCAAACAUUUAUCUGUGGACGGAUUGGGGUUGAUUCAUAAAUCAGGGCGCUUCUCCUGUAAAAAUGCUCCAUUUAUGUAUUUAAGGAUGGUUCAACCCCAAUCCUGACCUAAAAAAAACUAAAUGGGGAAAAAAAAACUUAUAUAUGCCAAUGCUUGUUUUUGUUUUGUUUUUUUCUGUUUACCUCAGAUAUCAGAAACACAAUGUGACCUGUAGCCAUCUUAGCUCACCUUGGCUGUACGAUAAGGUUGGACAUUUUCCAUGUUGCAGACGUGCGACUGUUGUUAAUGUGGGAGGUUGCAUAGAUACAUUUUAUCUUAAUAAAGUUGGGAUUCAAUGCAAGAA